UGCCUAUCUGACUUUCAUUAGAAGCCAACCUCUUCACACAGUACUUGCCAAGUGACUGAAUCAUUAGCAGAAAAACUGCCAAAGUUGUCCAAUGUUUUUAUUCAUCUAAAGCAGGAGUGUAAAGAUAGAUUGAAACCAGGCCACUAGGCAAUGCAUCUUGGCUGAGUAUUCUGCCUUCUUUUUAUUGUAAGGUUUAUGUUUUGGCUAACAUGCAGAUGAAUAGCUCACAUUGAGAGAUGGAAUCAAAUACUACAUCAAGUUGGGUUUCCCCCGAAGAUUUCAUCGACCUUGAUCCGCAGACACAUCACAACCUAGCGCUGGAACACUGGGAGCGCUUCGAGCAAUCUGGGGAACGGGACGAACUCGAAAAGUCUAUUAUUCACGAUCGUGCUGCCCUCAAACUUCGUCCUAAUGGACAUCCCGAUCGUUCGCGAACGUUGUAUAAUCUCGCAGUAUCUCUUGAUGCACGAUACAAGCGGUGGGGCCAUUUGGAAGAUCUCGAAGAAGCCGUCGAGCUGAACCGAGCCGCCCUUGAGCUUCGACUCGAAGGCCAUCCUGAUCGUUCCAUGUCUCUCAGCAACUUUGCAAACUCUCUAAGGACCCGAUAUGAGCAGCAAGGAAGGACUGAGGACCUCGAAGAGGCCAUCAAGUUGGAACGAGCCGCACUCGAGCUUCAACCCGAAGGCCAUACCGAUCGCUCUUUGUCUCUCAACAAUCUCGCGAACGAAUUGACAAUGCGAUAUGAACAGCAAGGAAGGACUGAGGACCUCGAGGAGGCUAUCGAGUUGAACCGAGUCGCCCUGAAGCUUCGAUCCGAAGGUCAUCCUGAUCGUUCUAUCUCUCUCAAUAACCUUGCUAGUUCUCUGACAACUCGAUACUGGCAACAGGGAAGGGAAGAGGACCUCGAGGACGCCAUCGAGUUGCACCGAGCCGCCCUCGAGCUUCGACCCAAAGGCCAUCCUGAUCGCUCUCUCUCUCUGAACAAUCUCGCGGUCUCUCUGAAAACCUUAUACGAGCGGCAAGGAAGGGAAGAGGUCCUCGAGGACGCCAUUGAGUUGCACCGAGCCACCCUCGAGCUUCGCCCCGAAGGUCAUCCUCAUCGCUCUAUGUCUCUCAACAACCUAGCUAUCUCUCUGAGAACUCGAUAUGAGCGGCAAGGAAUGACUGAGGACCUUGAGGAAGCCAUUAAGUUGGAUCGAGCCGCCCUUGAGCUUCAACCCGAAGGCCAUCCUGAUCGUCUCCUGACUUUCGGCAGUCUUGCAGUCUCUCUGAAGACUCGAUACGAGUGGAAAGGAAGGACUGAAGACCUUGAGGAAGCCAUCGAGUCGCUUCGAGCCACACUCGAGCUUGGACCUGAAGGCCAUCCCCUUCGUUCACUGGCAUUAAGGACCCUUGCAAAUGCUCUAUACGCUCAUGUUGAGAAACAAUGGCACCCGGAAGAGUUCGAAGAAUGCAUGCAGUUGCUGGAGUUUGCUGUUACUCAUGAAUUCUCGGGGUUGUUGGACCGUCUUACUGCCUCACGACAGUGGGUAACACUCGCACGAUUGCACGAUCACACCUCUGUCUUUACGGGAUACAAAGCAACCAUAUCGAUACUUCAACACGCCCUUACCAUAAAUCCAACGCUCCGCGAACAACACGACUUCCUUCUCAGGAAUAGCGAUUACAGAGCACUCUCCUUGGAAGCCGCUUCCUACGCAAUAGAGAAAAAUCGAUUGGAGCAAGCCGUGGAGAUUCUGGAGCAAGGAAGGGGCUUACUUUGGUCGCAGCUGCGCGGUCUCAGGACUCCUCUGGAUGAACUUGCAGAAGCGAAUAGAGAACUCGCCGACAGGUUUAGGGAUGUUAGUGAAUCGCUUGGGCUGGAUGGCAAACUAGGACGGAAAUCAUUUGACGAGCUGUUGAAGUUAAAGAGACAACUUUCGAAUGAGCAAGAGGAGAUCCUUAACGACAUUCGGCGACUUCCAGGAUUCGAAAGAUUUCUUCAAGCCACGCCCUUCAAGGUAUUGCAGCAGGCAGCUUCGGAGGGUCCGGUCAUCAUGGUAAAUCAUUGCAAAUACCGUUCCGAUGCCCUCAUCGUUCUGCCCCGCGACAAUACAUCAGUCAUUUGUGUUCCGUUAGACAAUGAAUUCUACGAGGAUAGCACGAAGCUGUGCAACGAGCUCGCAGAAACGCGCAGACAGUUCGGUGUCGAUUCGUCGGAAUUUGAUGUGAAGCUUCACGAAGCGAUGAGGAUGGUGUGGGAAAGGGUUGUCUCAAACGUCGUCGUCAAACUUAACGAGUACGGGGUUGCCGAAGGAAGUCGCAUUUGGUGGUGUCCAACUUCAAUAUUAUCCCUGUUUCCUUUCCAUGCUGCAGGCCCAUAUGAGGAUACUAAUGGUGCUACGAGAUACUUACUAGAUGAUUACGUCUCAUCUUAUACUCCGACUCUCGAGGCUCUCAUCAAAGCACGAGUAGCGAGUGUCGAGGAAGAACCAAGAUUGCUUGUCAUUGGAGACUUGAGGAUUAGUAGCAAGUUGCGCAGGGCUAAGCAGGAGAUUAGAAAUAUCCGAAAUUGUGGGAUGAACGUCAAUUUGCUCAGCCCGUCUCGUAGUACAGUGCUCAAAGCCCUCCGGGAAACAACAUGGGUGCAUUUCACUUGCCAUGGAUCUUUAGAUUCAAAGCCUUUUGGCUCUUCAUUCAACCUAUCAGAUGGCGGCCUAACAAUGCUCGAUAUCGUCCGAGCUAGUAGUCCGAAUGCGGAAUUUGCGUUUCUUUCUGCCUGCCAUACUGCAGAGCAACAUCAUGACGGCGCUUACGACGAAACCCUGCACCUCGCCGCAGCCAUGCAAUUUUCCGGUUUUCGAAGUGUAAUUGGAUCAAUGUGGGAACUACUUGACGAGGAUGGACCCGCAUUAGCCAAAGCCGUUUAUGAAUACAUAAAUGACGGCGAGGACGGCGAAGUGAGGUAUAAGAGGGCGGCUGGAGGUCUUCGGAAAGCAGCUUUGGAGCUGGAAGCUCGAGAUGGGAUUCAGGCUGAACGGUGGGUUAAUCUUGUGCACAUAGGUGCUUGA